GUUCAACUUUUUUUUUAAUUAACUGUAAUUAAAUUUUUGUGUGAAAAUUUUAACCGAAAAAAUGCCACAAUUGGCCAAAAAAGUUGCCGCUUUUGCCGCAGUGGACAAUCAUGUAAAGAAUGGAUUCCGUGUGGGAAUCGGUAGCGGAACUACUAUUGUCUUCGCUGUCGAACGGAUCCGUGAACUGAACCUCAAAGAUGUCAUAUGUGUUCCCGUCUGUCAACAGUCACGACAAGUGAUUUUAGACAACAGCCUAAAAUUGGCCGAAUUCCAGGACAUUGCCGAACUCGAUGUCUUCAUCGAUGGCUUUGAUGAAGUUGAUGUUCACACAAGAACUGUAAUAUUCGGUACCUGUACACUGGUAACGGCAGUCAAGAUUUUUGCAGCCGCUGCUAAACAUGUUGUCUUUGUCGGUGACCAAACUAAAAGAUCGGAAAAAUUGGGACAAACUUUUAAAGUAGGAAUUCCUGUUGAAGUGAUUCCUUUAGCUCACAAACAGGUGAUUAAACAAAUUGAGAGUCAAUUUAAAGGAAAAGCUCUAUUAAGAAAAUCUGAUAAUGAUUUGAAACCGACGACUACAUUGUCGUUCAACAACUAUAUCAUUGAUUGGCAAUUCCCGGAUGACAUCAAAAAUGAUAACUUUUUAGAUAUCUAUAAUAAAGUAAAAGCUAUGGCCGGUAGCAUUGAGAUGGGUCUAGUGUUUGACGCCACUACCGAUAUGACUAUCUAUAUGGGCGCUACCGAUGGCACACUAAUUCGUGUUUGA